AUGAACUGGCACCAACUAUUUCCUCAAUUUGAACCCGAGCUUAUCGACCUGAUCGAUAAAAACGCUGUGAUGCGCUCAUUCCGAGCCGGCGAUGUGAUCAUGCGAACGGGGCAAUAUAUCAAAUCAACAGUGCUUGUCCUGGAAGGACAAAUAAAAAUCUACCGGGAAAACGCGGACGGUGGUGAAUUUCUGAUGUAUUAUCUCGGACCUGGCCAGGCUUGUGCCGUUUCGAUGAUCUGCGCAAUUCAAUCACAGGCAAGUGAAAUCAUGGCAAAGGCGGAAGAAGAUACUGACGUAUUGAUGAUCCCCAUCCAAUUGAUGGAUGAGAUGAUGAAUAAAUACAAGAGCUGGUACCAAUUCCUAGUGUGGUGGGUGAAGACAUGCGCUAUGGCCCUUGCGUCGCUGCAUCACCGCGUCGCCGCGUUGCGUGAAAUCCUUGGCGCCUUUGCGUUCACUUUGCGCCUUUGCGUGAAACCUUUGCGGGAAGUGUUCUGCGGGAAAUUUACUUCUUCACCCGGUCCACCGGGAAAUGGAUAUGAAACGUCGAUCCAACACCCG